UUCUGAGUUACCCUGUUUCUUCUUCAGUCAAGUGUCCUAGGGCCAUCGUCGUGCUGCAGAGAAUGUGAACUCUCCUUAUAAUUUAGAGACCCAAAGACGAACAGCCCGCAGGCGCUGGUAGCCAAUUGGACCGCCUGCGCGCCGUGCAUCCUGGGAGCUGUAGUUUCCGGCUUCAGUCUUACGGACUACACGCUCCGCAGAGCCGCGGAGGACGGUUGCUUGGUGUUAUUAGCAAGCGUGAAGUAUGGCGGUGGCACGCGGCGAGGCGGCUUUACCUCCUGGAGAAGGAUCACUGGUCAACUGGUCAGGGCAGGGGCUGCAGAAAUUAAGUCCAAACUUACCUUGUGAAGCUGAUAUUCAUACUUUGAUUCUGGAUAAAAAUCAGAUUAUUAAAUUGGAAAAUCUUGAGAAAUGCAGACAAUUAAUACAAUUGUCAGUGGCUAAUAAUCGGCUGGUGCGGAUGAUGGGUGUGGCCAAACUGACCCAACUCAGAGUGUUAAAUUUGCCUCAUAAUAGCAUUGGCUACGUAGAAGGACUAAAGGAACUAGUCCAUUUGGAGUGGCUGAAUUUGGCAGGAAAUAAUCUCAAGGCCAUGGAACAAAUCAGUAACUGUGCAGUCCUACAGCACCUUGAUUUAUCAGACAAUAAUAUACCCCAGAUAGGUGAUGUAUCUAAAUUGGUGUCACUGAAGACCCUGCUUUUACAUGGAAACAUCAUCACCUCUCUUAGAAUGGCACCUGCUUAUCUACCCAGAAGUCUUGCUAUACUGUCUUUGGCAGAAAAUGAAAUCCGAGACUUAAAUGAGAUCUCUUUUUUGGCAUCCUUAACUGAAUUGGAACAGUUGUCGAUUAUGAACAAUCCUUGUGUGAUGGCAACACCUUCCAUUCCAGGGUUUGACUAUCGGCCAUAUAUCGUCAGCUGGUGCUUAAACCUCAGAGUCCUAGAUGGAUACGUGAUUUCUCAGAAGGAAAGUUUGAAAGCUGAGUGGCUCUAUAGUCAAGGCAAGGGGAGAGCCUAUCGGCCUGGCCAGCACAUCCAGCUUGUCCAAUAUCUGGCUACAGUCUGUCCUCUUACUUCUACACUGGGUCUCCAAACCGCAGAGGAUGCUAAGCUAGAGAAGAUUCUGAGCAAGCAGAGGUUUCACCAGAGGCAGCUGAUGAACCAAAGUCAAAAUGAAGACUUGUUUUCUCUUGCUGAUAUUGAAACGACGGCCCCCCUUGUACCUGAGCAUUCAAGCCCUAUUCAGGAUUGCCAGAUAGUCCAAGAAAGUGAACCUGUCAUCCAGGUCAAUUCUUGGGUUGGGAUAAGCAGUAAUGAUGAUCACUUAUAUGCAAAGAAUAACUUUCCCGCCUCUGUACACACUACACGAUAUUCUCAAAAUGACCUGCACCUGGAAGAUAUACAGACAGAUGAGGACAAGUUAAAUUGUAGUCUUCUCUCUUCAGAGUCCACUUUCAUGCCAGUUGCAUCAGGACUCUCUCCGGUAUCACCUACUGUUGAGCUGAGGCUGCAGGGCAUUAACUUGGGCCUGGAAGGUGAUGGUGUUGCAGAUGAAUCUGUGAAAGGGCUGGAAAACCAGGACUUUGAUAAGGAAGAGAAGGCUUUUGGGACUGCAAAAGAGAAUUCUGUUCACAUGAUAAAAAGUGCGAUCAAUACAGAGGUAAAGGAAAAAGAUGGGCUAUUACCUUGUGCUGAGCCAGUAGGAACCAGUGCUGUUUUGAAGGAUGACACCCACGGUCUUACAUCUUUUCCUGAGUCAGCUGGACACUGUGUCUUCCAUACGCAGCCAGACAGUGAUGAAACCAUUUCUCAAACAGCUUCAGAUAAACUGCCCUGCAGGGUUUUAACCCAGAGAUCCAUUGCUUUGGGACAAGAUAAAGUUACCCUUCAGAAAUUGAAUGAAGCAGCCACCAAGCUUCAGGCCUGUUGGCGGGGCUUUUAUGCCAGAAACUACAACCCCCAAGCUAAAGAUGUGCGUUAUGAAAUCCGGCUUCGCAGAAUGCAGGAGCACAUUGUUUGCCUAACUGAUGAGAUGAGGAGAUUGAGAAAAGAAAGAGAUGAAGAACGUAUUAAAAAAUUUGUACAAGAGGAGGCUGUCAGAUUCCUUUGGAACCAGGUAAGGUCUCUACAAGCUUGGCAACAGAUGGUGGACCAGCAGCUAAGUUCCUGGCAUUCUGAUGUUCCUCCUGUGUCAAGUACUCUGAUGCCAUCUAAACCUCCAUUCUUCACCCAAAGUCUGGAACCCCCUUUGAAUCAAAACUCUUGGUUCAUUGCUUCUGACGAAGCUCCUCGAGAGAAAUCUUUACCAGAAUUUCCAGACUCUGGUUUUCAUUCCUCCCUAACAGAACAAGUUCACUAUUUGCAGGAUUCUUUGGAUUUUGAAAAAAGUUCCACAGAAGUCAGUGAAAGUUCUGUGACGGGGAAUUCCAUUGACACAGUGAAAUGUGGCAAAGAGUCAGAUGUAGAGGAUGUUAGUGAAGACCAUGAUGAAUGGAGUAAAGGAAGUUCAAACAAUGAGCAGGAUAAUAGUCUGCUUGAACAAUAUUUAACUUCAGUUCAACAGCUAGAAGAUGCUGAUGAGGGAACAAACUCUGAUGAAGGUGCAGGUAAUAAUAAGCUUCACACAGCUCAUUCCCCCGAAAAGUUAGAUGCCCCGUCUGACGGUGCUUCUGUAGAUAAUACUCACGGCCUGUGUCCUGCUUUGCAAAAGGAAAUGAGCCAGACACCAGAUAAUUGUAAAUUAAAUGCAGAAGUUCAAGGGCAGCAGUCAGAAUGCGAUUCUACAUUUCAGGUAUUACAUGUUGGGAUUACUGUGUAGCAUGUCUGGUUGCUUGGGAAGCAGAAAUCCGCUUAAUUGUUUUAGGGUAUUUUCAGUUGCCUCUUUUUUUUUUUGAAGGGGAAUGUUGCCCCCGUUUUGUUACUGGUUGUAUAGAAUUUGUAUUUUUCUCUCAUAUUUUCUGUGUUCUAGAUACUGAGCCGAAUCUUGAUUUUGAUUUUGUUAGCUUUUUAUUAGCUCUAAAUAAACACUAUUAUAUGUUAAUAUUGAUAAACAAUAUAAAAAAAUAUUGACAUACACUUUAUUUCUUAACAACUGAAUGGCAUCAGCAGUGUUCCUGUUUUCUUAUGUACUCAUUUCCUUUCAAAAAUAAACUAGACUGUCUUAAAGGAGAUAGAAAUUUUACCUUAAAGAUAUAAAUAAGAACAUUUUUAUUCUUCUGUAUGUAAGGAAAUUGAUUAUAUAGUGAAGAAUGCAAUUUAUUAACUUGAAUAUAAAUGAUACAUGUGGAGAUUGUGAACUAAUGACGUUUUCCAGUCUCUUUGGAGUAAGAACGUGUUUUGUUUUGUUUUUUUUAGCCUUUUUUCCCUCCCUUAUGAGUCAAAGCCUUAUAAGCAAAUAGGGAGAAAAGGUAAGAUUGGAGGAAUUUUCAGUGGGAUGAUUGUCUCCCAGAAAACUUUAGUUAAUGUUAUGUAUCUGUUUUAAUAUAUGAAGCAGUGUUCCAUCCAGAAUUAAAAUCAAGCAUAUUUUAAGAGGCAACACAAGAAUAUUUUUCUUAGAUAAGAAAAAAGCAGACACUAGGCUCCAUUCACUUGGAAUAAUGUCACAGCAAACAUUUAUCUUUUCAUUUAGUGCUUUUUCACCCCACAGAUAAGCAUUUAUGUUCCAAUAUUAUCAGAAAUUAAUUCAUGUUCAUCUUCUCUGUUCCUAUAUUUUAUGUUUACUUAUGUAUUUCAGCAGAAGGUCCAUGGCCAUUUACUUCACUUUUUGACCUCUGCUUCAUAGUGAAGAACAUUGAAAGUAAUAGUAGUGGUGGAAUAUGAAUGACUUUCUUUUUAAAGGCCUAUUUUCUUUCUAAAUCUCUGAAAAAGUGUCACCCUUGGAAGACAAAUUUAAUGCUGGUUAAGAAAAAAAUGAACACUCAUUUCUUUACUUGUUAAAAAGAAUAUGUAACUUCAGGAAGAAAUGAUAAUACUCUGUUUGAAUGUUACAGAUAGAUCAGUUCACAAAUGAAGGAUAAUUUUUGGAAGCUUGAUAUUUUAAUCUUUGAGAAUGUUCUAAUAUCAUUGAACAUCACAUAUCUGAUUUCCCCCUAUCUAUGGACUGACAGCUAUUUAAAACAAUGGUGAUAUUUAAGUGUUCUUGACAUUUAGGUGCUAAACAUCCAUUACUCUGUUACAGUCACUAGGUCCCCUUCUUUGAAGUUAUGUAAAAUAAAAACUUACAAGAGUAAAGUCAGGGAUCACAUGUUAUAUAUUGUUGAUAGUCAGAAACAUUUCUUCAGUAUGGGUAAGAUAUUUUUUUCUCCCUUUAUAAAUAUGCAGCACUCAGGUUGAGAAGAUCUGGGUUUCAUUCUCAGAAAUCCAGAGUCUCUUGAAAAGGAAAUACUUUCUGUCUCUUAUAAAUGAAACAGCAGUCUUGCAUUCAAAAGGCUUUUCUCUCGUAAAGCAGAUGUAAGGUUGAAUGUAUGUUAAAUAAAAAUAGAAUUUUUUUUACUUUUUGAAUAAUACUAAUUAUCUUUUAUGAAUGAUUUUGAAUUUCUUCUUAGACAUACCCUAUUUUUCUAUUUUACAGUUAAGUGCCUAAUUUGCUGCCCUUAGUUAGACAAAGAAAGAACAGCCUAUACUGCACUGUUACCAAAGUGCAGCUUCAUUAACUUCUCAUAGAAGUCGCUGAAAUGUCAUGGUUCAGUGUUUUCUAGGUAGGUGUCUGUUUUUAAAGAAAUGGCAAAACACAACUAAAUUCACUUGAACAUCAGCAUUUCUCAGCAAGAUUACCUUUUUUCUUUAACCUUUUCUCGUUUUUCUGGCCCAUAAAUAGUAUUCAGCAUACUUUUAUUUUUAAAUUGAUGGAAUAUGAUAAUGGUUAAUAUUCUGUCCUUCAUUCUGUUUAACUUUACUGAUGUUUGGAAGUGCAAGAAUGUAAAGUAGCCCCUUACCUUUACUAUACAGAUUAUCUUGAGUGUGGAUAGAAUUAAAAUUAUAUAAAUUAGAGUGUAGGAAAGUCUGUGGCAUAGACUAAUAUACUUUAUUUAGUAGGUUUACAGUGUAAUUUAAAAUAAUUUAUUACAACUAAAAUAUUUGGUUUCUGUGCUACUCAUUGGUCUGGUAGAAGAGGAAAUAGGUUUAGUAAAGUUUGGGAAGUUGUCUUUCACAUGAUCUUUGUGUUUUUUCCUAACAGGAAAGCUAGAUACUAGAUAUUCAUGCAGAUGCACAAUUCAUACCACAUAAAAAUUGGAAAAGGAAGCUUAGAGAUUAUUCUAAGAUGAGACUGAGGCACAAAGAAGUUAAAUGACUUGUCCGAUGUUAGAGCUAAUUAAUAGUAAAUAAUUAUUAUUUUUACAUUUAGUGAGUCAGGUAAGAGUGUCUGCAUAUUUUUCAUUCUUUUUGAAAGGGAAAAAAACUAAGAGAGCUAGAACUCUACUACUCAAAGCAAAGUAGCUUGUAGAAAACUGAUUUGUUCAGAACUGAAUUUUCUCUAAGAAAUGUGAUUUGAUUAAAAUGGUUUUCAAAGAGUGUUAGUAGAAAUGAAAAUUUUAAAAGAAUAACUGUUAGGUUCCAUUUAUUGGUGACAAGAAGUGUAACAGAUUGCCAAGAUAUAUAAAAUUUUCUAGUGAAAUGCUGAAUUUGAUUAUAUUUCAUCUUCAGUUUUAUAGAACAACAGAUGUAAAGUUUUACCUCCCCAGUGCGUAGAAAAGUCCAAUUGUGACAGUUGAUACAUACACAAUAUAGUUUGGUUUUAUAAGCUUAAUUAUAAUUAUAAAAGUACUCAUAAUAUGCAUGUUUUAGGAAAAUACAUAACCCACAUAAUUGUUUGUAUAUAUGAAAUAACUUUUUUGAAUAAUGUGGGUACCAUUCUUGAGUGUGGAUUUUUCUUUUGGAUUAUUUAUGCAAACACCAUAAUAUGUAUUUUCCUCUUACCUAGUUAAGUCUAGUCCCAUUUUUUUAUAAGUAUUUUCAAAAACAAUAUGGACUUAAGAUACUAUUCUUUCUUGCUACUUUUUUUCAUGUAGAUUCUUUUAAUUGGAUUUAUAAAAAUAUAUAAAAUAUAAAUUUUUUUUUUCUGGAGAAAUAAGAUAUAGUAAAAGGGAAAAUAUAAAAUGACUGUGAUUGAUUUCCCAUUUGUGAAUGAAUAUGAAAAGAAAAAGGGACUUCAUUGUUAAUGUAUACUUUUAUUUUGCCAUGUACCUUAUUAAGGGAUAUUCUAAACAUUUUUGUGAUACUACUUUCACUGAUCAAACCUAUUGUGCCAUAUUAAAAUUGAAAGUCAAGUAAACAAAGUAGUCCUCACAGCUUUGGAGAGAAACAGAUAAUUGUCUUUUUAAAAUGAGGUGCCUUUUAUUUGUGAAUGAGUAAAAAUUGUACUAAAUUUAAUUCCUUAAUUGAUUUUAGUGGAUGGCAAGAAUCACUCUGUAGUGACUUUGUUCACUUUCUAAUUAAAUUUCUUUGAAUGUUUUGUAAUAAUUCUAAUGUUGCCAAUAAAAGAUUAAAAAUAAUUUGAUUUUGGACAAUUUUUAGGUUUCUCCUUAAUUUUAUUUUGAAAUAGAUUAUUUAAAGUGGUUGUAGUCUGUUUUAAGAUGGCUUGAUAUUUUAUAUUGUAACCUGUUUAAUUUGUAUUUGAGUUUCUAUUUUUAAUUCUAAAUAAAAAGUUUGUACAUUU